AGUUUGGUUUCGACAGUCGACAGUGGCGGUUCGUUGUGUCAAAUUUAAUGCAUGUUUUAGUGUUUUGUUCUUAUUAUUAUUAACUAUUUAAAUUCGAUGAGUAUAAAGGCUUCUUAAAAUGGGGAGGAAUGGGGAAUUAUUUUUCAUGUUGACUGUAAAGUUAGUUUUGCAAGACAUAUUUUAGUCUGUUACCGUGCGUUUAAUCUUAUAGAAAUGGUUUGAAGUACAUUAAAAGCAAAACUACAUUAUUUACUUUUAAUAUAUUUUUUGUUCAUUCAUAUAAGAAUUAUAUUUUAACAAUUGGUAAGAGUUUUUUACAUGUUUAUUGAAAUUUUCUCAAGUCUUCUUUAAGUUCUAUGAGUUUUACAAUUUAUAUCAAUGAUUUGAUACUGUUACUAUGGCAAAUAUCUAUAUAAAAUUAUGUAUCUAUAAAUAACUUAAGCAAAAUAUCAGUUUAAGUAAAUGUCGUUUAAUCCGAUAAUGAAUCUUUGUUUACAUUUUUUGAUAAUAUUUUCAAAAUCUUUGAAAUAUUUAACAGUUUUAAAGUCAUUCAUAUUAAUAUUUAUCAUUCAAACAAUGAUGUAAUUCAACCCUAAUUCAUGGUCCUUCGAGCCGGAAAUAAUCAAAACUAGAAUUUGAAAUACAUUUUCCCUUAUGAAAUAGCCUCAAUACGUUUUCAUACUUCAUUUAAAUUGUUUGCACAACAAUUUAUCUUUCCAAUAUGCUGCAUAGAUGUUCGAUUAGAUUGAAGAUGUCACCGGAAGCUGACCAAUUCAUACCAAUUAUGGUAUGAUCCAUAAAAAAUAGAAUUGGCCCCAUGAUGGGUGAAAUUCGUUCGUCUAAAUCGGUUGUUAUUGCCUUGCUUCCAUCAUAGAACCAUCUAGAACCAUAAUCGAACCAUUCUUAAUAAUUCUUUUUUUCGUAAUUUCAUAUUUUCUAAACAAUUUUUUGUUAUCAAAUCACAAUAAUUCGCUUCAGAAUAUCUUCAAGUCAAUUGUACAAUAUUUUUAAUAUAAUACCUAUGAUUGUUUAAUAUUUCAAUUCCGUAUAUGUGACACACUGUAUAAUAUAUUUUAAUAAAGCUUAUUUCCAUAAUUGUUGUAGAACGUGGGGGUUAAUUUUCUUUUUACUCCUUGGCUUUCCUCCAAAAUUCUCCCGAUUUUUUUUCGAUCUGUUGUUUGUGAUAGUUCCUCGUAUAGUUCGUCCGUCUAUUCUUAAUAGCUUCGUCGAUUUCGUUCAUCCAAGACGUUAAAAUUCAUAUCCACAUGUUAAAUUUAAGAAAUCAUUAUUUAUAAUCAAAUUUGUGUUAUUUUUUCCAUUUUUAAAUAAUCUUGAUACGUCCCUGGUUAUUAUCGUAGUAUUUUUUACAUUCAUACAUCAUCUGUUAACUAUUUAAAUAAAUAUGUUAUAUCACGCCCUUCUGCUUUUACUUCUACAAAAUAUUUAUCCAAAUAUGAAAAACAAAAACUUAUAAAUUCGUUCAUGAGUCAGCCGAUUUUGAGGAAGAAUUUUAUGUUUAUUGUUACUAAUUAUUUAUUGGGUUACCCUUUCCAACAACAGUAAUUAGACUCGAAGUACUUGAAUGGUAAGAAUCUGUUAAAUAUACUUUCUCUACGAACGUUGAUGAAGAACCAGCUACGAACUUUUUUUCGUACCCUGUCGAAAUAAAUUAAUUUAUACUCUUCUAACAAUUAACAUAUUUGAUAAAAAUAUUUAUCAGAAACGGUGGUACCACGUCAACGUUAUCCGGGUAUAAAAUAGUUCCAUUCAGUAUCAUUUCAACAUUUUUUGUGUGUUGUUAGUAGAGAGAACUGUUUGGUAAUUCAGAUUUUUAAAAUGGCUCCCAAUGCAGACAAUUUAAGUGCUGUGCUGUACGGCAUCAAAGAUUUAAGACUUGAACAAAGACCUAUACCAGUUCCAUCAGAUAACCAGGUUCUGCUUCAAAUGGAAGUAGUAGGAAUAUGCGGUUCUGAUGUUCACUACUACAUCGGUGGAAGAUGCGGACCAUUUAUAGUUGAAAAGCCCAUGGUUAUAGGUCAUGAAGCUUCUGGAACCGUCGUCAAAACCGGAAAGAACGUCAAGCAUCUCAAGCCAGGUGAUAGAGUUGCUAUUGAACCUGGAGUACCAUGCCGUAGUUGCCAGUAUUGUAAAACUGGUUCUUAUAAUUUGUGUCCUGACGUCUUCUUUUGUGCCACACCUCCAGAUGAUGGUAACCUUUCGAGAUACUACGUCCAUGACGCUGAUUUUUGCUUUAAACUUCCGGAAAAUAUGAGUCUUGAAGAAGGUGCGUUGAUGGAACCCUUAUCGGUAGGAGUCCACGCUUGUAAAAGAGCCGGUAUUGAAUUUGGUGACGUAUGUCUUAUAACCGGAGCUGGACCUAUCGGACUAGUGACUCUUUUAGCAGCUAAAGCAAUGGGUGCUGUAAAAGUUGUCAUUACAGAUGUACUAAGUAAGAAAUUGGAAGUGGCUAAAGAAUUAGGUGCAGAUUAUACCAUAAAAAUAGAAAGGAAUAUGAGUGAAGAAGAUAUCAUCAAAAAAGUGGUAGAACUUCUGGGACAAGAGCCCAACAAAUCAUUCGAUUGCACUGGAAUCGAAUCCUGUAUCAGGAUUUGUGUUGCUGCUACUGCGGCCAAAGGUUGCGCGGUAUUAGUAGGAAUGGGAAAGGUAGAAAUCAAUCUUCCUUUGAGUAAAGCUUUGGCGAAAGAAGUAGACAUCAGAGGUAUCUUCAGAUACGCUAAUGACUAUCCUACGUCUAUUCAAAUGGUACAAUCUGGUAAGAUAAACGUGAAACCUCUGGUAACUCACCAUUAUACACUAGAAGAAACUUUGAAAGCCUUUAAUACCGCUCACACGCAAGAAGGUAAUCCCAUUAAGGUACUUAUACACGCUAAUCCGAACUGGAAACCAUCUUAAUUUAGUUCUAUGAAUUUUGUUUUAAAUUUUUGACGCAAAAUAAUUAUUUAAGUAUUUUUUUAAGUAUUGUUGUAUUACUGUUAAUACAUUUUUUGUCUGA